GACAUCGCCUGCAAGGGCUAACUGGGACGCCGCCAUGGGCUUCUGGAGCGACGUGCAGUGGUGGGAGGACUGGCAGCUGCGGUUCCUCGUCCUGGCGAGCCUCUUCUUCCAGUACUUCCUCUUCGCCGCCGCGCUCCUCCGCAAGCGCCGCGUGCCGCUGUGGUUCAGGUCCCUGGUCUGGCUGGCCUACCAGGGCGGCGACGUCGUGGCCGUCUACGCGCUCGCCACCCUCUUCAACCGCCACAGGAAGGACGAGGUGGCCGCCGGCGCCGCCGCGCACCUAGACACGCUAUGGGCGCCGGUGCUCCUGCUGCACCUCGGCGGCCAGGACGGCAUCACGGCCUACAGCGUCGAGGACAACGAGAACUGGAGGCGAUACCUCUUGGUCGCGGCGUCUCAGAUCGCCAUAGCCAUCUAUGUGUUCUGCAAGUCAUGGUGGUCCCCUGACGGGAGGCUGCUCCGCGCAGCGAUCUUGCUCUUCGUCCCCGGCGUCGUCAAGUGCCUCGAGAAGCCAUUGGCUCUCCGGAACGCCACCGUCAACAGCAUCGCCAACUCCUCCGACCCAACGAUGGAAAUGUCCAUCGAAGAAGACGACGGCACGCUGCCGACGGCCAUGGAUUCGCUCGAGGAGUUCGUGACGGCGGCGAAGAAGUGCGUCGAGGAGGAGGCGAGGAGGGGUCCUCCCCUGUUCUUCGACGACACGAUGAACGACAAGCCCUACCACCUCUUCGUCGACCUCAGCCACCCCUACUCCAUCCGGCUCAGGAACUUGCAGGUCAUGGCGGCGCGGAGCGGGAAGGAGGAGGCGCACGACCGGGUCCGCGCCUCAAUCUCCCAGGCGUUCGACCGCCUCUUCACCAAGCACAAGGCGAGCUACGGCGGCGUGCUGCGCGCCGUCGUCGUGCUCCUCACGUUCGCCGACAUCGGGCUGUUCCAGGAGAGCCGCCGGAGCGCGUACGCCCGCGCCGACGUCGUCGUCACUUACAUCCUGCUGUGCUGCACCGCCGCGCUGGAGUUCGUCUCGGCCUGCGUCGUCCUGGGCUCCGGCCUGCCGCUGCCCGACGACCAGGUGCCCCAGUACAACCUCAUCGGCUACCUGGUCCGCACCAGGAGGCGCCCCGGGAUCAGGCACCUCGCGGCCAUGCUCGGGCUCAAGGACCAGAUCGACUGGCUCUGGUGCACGGCGCCGCCCGAGCCUUCCCGCCGCAUCACUGAGCUCGUCCACGACCACGUCGCCGGCGGCUGGAAGGGGUACAUAAACGCCGAGGUCGAUAGGGCGAGCACGUCGACGACCUCGAGGUCGCCGGUGGACGACUACCGCCGGUUCAACGACGGCCGUGGCCAGCGGACCCUCGAGAGGGCGAAAUGCGGCGGCAGGGGCGUCGAGUCGAGCCUGCGCCUGCCGUUCGACGAGAGCGUCCUCGUCUGGCACCUCGCCACAGAGAUCUGCUACUUCGACCACGUGGACGCCGGCGGCGAGGCCACCCGCCGCAGCAGGGUGAUCUCCAACUACAUGGCGUACCUGCUGCUCGUCCGGCCGUGGAUGCUGAUGCCCGGUGCCCGGCGCGGGCUCUUCCGGGCCGUGCACGCCGAGCUCAAGGAGAUGCUCAAGGACGCGCCGUCCGAACCGCCGGGGGUUGAAGACGAUGACGCGGGGAAGAAGAAGGCGCCGCCAAGGGCCAUGUACGAGAUCGCGCGGAAGAUCAUCCAGAAGGUGAGGAAUCCGCCAGCAGCAGCGAGCUCCGGCGGCGCUCGCCGCCCAUGGGGUCGCAAAGCCGCCGCCGAGCUUGUUCGCAAAGCUUGGGACGUCGCCUACGACCUCAUGGAAUUUUCCAAGGUCAGGAUGGAGGAGAGCAGGAAGAAGAAAGUCAUGGAGGAGGAGGAGAAGAUUAAGAAGACGGGCGAUCCCGUGAGUGUAAGCAAGGAGAGGAUGAGCGAGAUCAUGAGUUCAGCCAGGAGGGACGGGGACGACGAGAUGUGGGGGCUGAUCCAGGGCGUGUGGGUGGAGAUGCUCUGCUUCUCCGCCGGCCGGUGCCGGGGGUACCUGCACGCCAAGAGCCUCGGCAAGGGCGGCGAGUACCUCUCUUACGUCUGGCUCCUGCUCUCGCACAUGGGGAUGGAGACCAUGGCGGAGAGGAUGCAGAGGACGGAGCUCCCCGCAGAAGGAGACGCCGGCGGUCUGGUAACGCCUUCGGAUUUGGAGGACGACGACGGCGACGAGCCGGCACAGCUGGAUCGUGGAGCGACAUCCAGCACCGCGGUCUCCGGUGCGGCCGUGGUGCCCGUCGUUGCUGAUGAUGACAUUGUCUGACGGACGAACAACGCGGUGAUCUGUGGAGAUUGUUUUGUGUUCCUGCUGGUUUCGUUCACUUCUAUUUUCUGGACAACUUGUGUUUGCUUGCUCAGGCUGAUUCUCCUCAUGCCUGUAAUAAUCUUGUUCUACCGAUCAAUAAAAGUUAUACAGGGCGUUCUUGCUUACA